AUGUCAAACCGGGAUGGAUUGGUUAGUACAGGCAUGUUUAUAGACUGCCUUAGGAACCUUGUAUCUGUGUGGACAAACAACAAUAAGCUCUCCACUGGCUACAACCUAAGUGAAAAUGAGACCCUCAAGAAGAUGAAGAACCAUGUACUAAGUACACAACUCCAGGCAGUGCAACACUGGCUCAGCAAGUCUGGGUCCCUGCUUGAGAAGUCUAAAAGAAUGCUUCUAAAUAAUGUGACAUCUUGCCUCAAGGACCCCUGACAGUUGUCCUUUCUAGUGGGUUCUGUUAUAGACUUGCAAUUCAGUGCUGUCCUGGAGUACCUGUGGAGCUAUCCCUUGAAUCUUAUUAAUACAAACUUUGAGCAGAAGCGUGGUAUGAUAUCAGUAUCCUCAGAGCAAAUUGAAGAGAUUGUUGAAGAUAUGAUUUGUUGAUACCAUUUCAACAUGGGGAUGCUAAUGGAAGAGGCGAGGACAGCAUUAAAGUGAAAAGAUAGCAAGAAUAUUAAAAAUGAGAUAGAUGUGCAAGUUUUACAUCUUCUGGGCCCAAAGACUGAGGUGGAUUUGGAAAAGAAAUCGAAAGCUGCAAAAGCUCUAAAUGAGAAGAAGGACUUGAAGGCAUCUAAGACCUCUGUUUUGAAUAAUGAAGAACCUGUAAUUUCUCUAACUCUGAUGGAACUCAGCAAAGAAACACUUACAUUUCACAAAGAAAGUAAAAAAACUACAAAAUUCCUAAUUCUGCCCAAUACCAUACCUUUGUUGCAGCAGCACAUGGAAAUUAUAGGGGGACAGGUAUAAAGAUGAUUCCCACUGGGGCCCAGUAGUAUUUAGCAUAUUGGACAUUCUAAGUUCAACUUUGGCUAUUCUAAGGUCAACAACAGAGUCUGCUUCCUGCAUUAUGAUGACACAGAUCCUGAGGAGGAGGAGAAAUACUUUUCCAAAGUCCAGGACGUGGUAGAAUAGCUGGAUUACAAGCUCAUCUGUAGGGAUUAUGCCUAUGUUUGUUGCCAACAGGUAGAAGAGAUAAAUCCUCCAUUCCCAUGGCGAAAUCAACCAAUUGAAGGAUUUUUAUUGCUUUUUGAGGGAAUGAAGAAGGAGAAGUUUGCUGAAGGAGAGGCCACACUGAGGAUGAAAUUGGUUGUGAAGGAUAGAAAGAUGAUUCCAGAGCAAGAUAUUAUCAUAAAGAAUGUCAGAGUCCAAGUGACUAAGCUGGAAGUGACAUGCAGCAAGGCAAAUAGUUCUGAGAAACUCAAAGUUUUUACAUGCCUGGUAUCUGAGCCCUUGCAUUAUGAGAUCCAAUUCUAUGAGAGACUAUUCUAACACAAAAAUGCUAAGGAUUAUUCUAAACUUCCUGGUGGAUUCUUAAGUGACUUGAACAAGGAUUCUCUGUGUAUGAUUAAAGACACUUUGGUAUAUUGCUCUUUGAAAAGUUACAACUUUGAAUGCACAAGCUACUUCUCUGAGAACCCAGCCCAUAUGGAAAGAAAGCUUUUCUUUAACAGGUCAAUCACUCUGAAGAAAAAGCCUGGAAAAAUGUGA